AUGAGCGGUCUAUCAAGUCCUAACUCUCAACGAAAACACAGUACUGCUUCAAGUCAUAGUGUUGACAUAUCCGAACAAUCACCUAAAGGAAAAAGUGAAAAAAGAGCCGGAAGACGUAAAAUAAAAAUUGAAUACAUCGAUGAUAAGAGUAGACGUCAUAUUACCUUUAGUAAACGAAAAGCAGGAAUAAUGAAGAAGAAAUUUUAUCGUUUAAAGUUGCAUAUGUCAACCUUUGCCAUAUUUGUCAACGAAGCCAGUUCUAUCCAAAACACUUUAACAGGCACUCAAGUUCUACUUUUGGUGGUAUCUGAAACCGGUCUUGUAUACACUUUUACAACUCCAAAACUUCAACCGCUCGUUACUAAACCAGAAGGAAAGAAUUUGAUUCAAGCUUGUUUGAAUGCUCCUGAUACGCCAUCAGCUCAAGAUCCAACUUCCACGCAACGAUCUGCGACAAAUGCCUCUGUAUACGGAAAUGAUCAAUCUGUUUCCGUAGAUAAUAGCAAUAACGAUGACUAUGACCGGAAGCCACAAGCUGCUGGUCAAAUGCCACAAACUCAACAACAAUCUUAUGCACCGGCUCUUGGUCUACCAAACUACAACUACGGUGGAUUGUCAAAUAAUAUGGCUCUUAGUGCUACCGGAGGAAUCGCUGCUCCACCAUAUAUGCCCACUAACAGUUAUCCUCAAUACAAUCAACAACAUUUGGCGGCUCAGUAUGCUCCAAAUAAUUACAUGCAGUCUGCCUAUGGUUGGAGUCAAACAGCCGGAGGAAACAGCGCUCCAAAUGCUGGCAAGGUGCAAUAUACUCAAUCAUCUGAAAAGAAAUAA